UAUGCUAUCCCACGUUGCGUAAAGUGGAUGACGUGACAAGAGGGAGAAGUGUCAGGUUUUGGCCAGCAGUAGCAAUUUUUUGAGCAAAAGUUCCAAAAAUCAAAGCUGGCCGGGCCACGGUAAUAUCGAAGAAGGUAAUCCCGCGAACCGAAUACUGUCGGUACGGAAAGCCCACUUGCAACGAACGUCUUGACACCCAGCCCGCCGUUCAGCCCAUUCUCAGACAGGUGCCCGCUGUGCCAAAGUCCUGUGAAACCCCUGCGUGUGCCCAACACACGGCACACAUCGAUAAAACGAUUGUUUAGUGUUAAUCGAAUACCCGACAUACCAGAGCAGGCCGUGCAAGGGCAACACAGAGCACCGAGUAGGGCCAAGCAAUAGUUGCAAGAUGCAGACGUCUUGUACGUGAUCGAGUUUCCAGCGAACCACAUACACACACACACAUGACGUGGAUCGGCGGCCAGUGGAUGGGCAGACGGCACUGACGUGCUGAGACGAAGCACCUCCGCUGCCUGGUGUGUAGCAUGACGAUGUGCAGAUGCAAGUCUUCGUAACAUCGAGCCAGGCCAGAGAAAAACAGCACAUUAAGUCGCACACACUGUUCGCCGGUUAUAAUUAGACUCCCGUACGGUGGUAAUUCGGGAUACUCAGCAGAACGGCAAAGACGGACUCGAAAUUGAAUAAUUAAGCGAAGAUAAACAAAGUGCUUCAGGCGAAGAUGGCAGCAUCGGACGAUCGUACGUUCCCUCCAGAGCACGGGCUGCUUUCCGAUACGUCCUCUCUUGGCCGCAACUCGACCACCACACACGGACGGGAGGAAAUGCCACACGUCACAGCACCGUUGAUGAAAUUUAAAACGUACCUUUCGGCUCUCCGACCAUGGUCCCUAUCGGCAAGCCUGAUGCCCACACUGCUCGGCACGACACUCGCGGUGCGUGUGCAUGGAUACGAGAGCUUUGGCAUAUUCACCUUCCUGUGUACCGUGCUCACGGUGGUGACCGUACACUGUGCUGGAAACGUGGUCAAUACGUAUUACGAUUUCGUGAAGGGUAUAGACGAUCGCAAGGCAGACGAUCGAACGUUGGUCGAUCAUAUACUUAGCCAGGAUGAGGUUGUCACACUGGGUGUGCUGCUGUACGGUGCCGGAUGUGUGGGAUUUGUGUUCCUUGUGUAUCUAUCGCCUGCCAAGCUGGAACACCUCGCACUGGUGUACUUUGGAGGGCUGUCCUCCAGUUUUCUGUAUACCGGUGGAAUUGGUCUUAAGUACAUUGCGCUCGGUGAUGUGCUCAUCCUGGUCAUCUUCGGUCCCAUCUCGGUGCUGUUUUCGUACAUGGCACAGACGGGGUACAUCGAGUGGGCCACCUUUCUGUACGCGAUUCCGCUCGCGCUCAACACGGAAGCAAUCCUGCACAGCAACAAUACGCGCGACGCCGAGUCGGACAAACGGGUCGGCAUCGUGACGCUGGCCAUCCUGAUAGGCCGAACGUGCUCGUACGUCCUGUAUGCCGUGCUGCUGUUCACGCCGUACGUGAUCUUUGUGGUGCUCGGUAUGAAAUACUCAGUCCUGUUUCUGUUGCCCAUGGUAACGUUUAAGCAGGCGUUCGCUAUUGAGAGACAGUUUCGCAAUGAAAGCACACUGCAGAAGGUUCCCCGUCAAACAGCCAAACUGAACCUAUUCUUCGGUCUCUUGUACGUGGUGGCCUGUCUGACCGCGCCCCAGCUACCGUUCAUAGCGCGAAAGUGAACCUACCGCGGCAGAUGGUACAAGUGAGCAAACAAUACCGCGGUACCGUGGAGCUGGGACGAUAAGACGUGUUUACCGAAGCGUGUUCGAAGAUUUGGGCACACGUCUCAAAGCUACAGAAGGAUCUUUCUUUGGUUUAUAUUUAUUCAUGCUGCAAACAUGCUGCCACAUACUCUACUCGUUCAGUUCCGCGUUAGAAAAGCGCGCACUUGUGCUUGGUUGCGUACUUAAUGUGCACACGCCGUUGUUGUAGUGUACGUACGUGUGUUUUUGGUGCAAGUGCAAAUAUUGUACAAUUACAAGGAUCUGGAUCCGCUUCUCGUAAUAGUGCAGGAUGAAAUGUUUUCCGUAAAAGGUUAAAUGUAUUAUGAAAUGUAUGUUAUUUGCUCUGCACCAAGGAACGUCGGGACGUGGAAUCAUCCAAUCCGGACACUUCCUGCAACGGGCUGCUUUAGAUAAGUUUGUGAGUGUAAUAUAAUGCAAGUUUUACUACUUUACUACCACACGAUCCCGUCACUGGUCGUUCCGCCUGGGGUGGGACACACGAUCCAAAUAGACUUAUGCGGCGGGAUUUCUAUCGUUUUAUGGUUUAGUGCGAUGAUGAGAAUAAGCGAGCAACCUUUCCGUUCCCUUGACCCUCUCUACUGCGACACAUAAAACGACACAUAUCAAUCAUCGAAAUCUAAAAUAAAUCAAGAGGCCCGGAGGCAACUCGGAGUCGAUUGCAACGUACUACAAGCAGACCAUUUCUCAAAGAUCACAGCAGCUACAGAUGAUCGCGUGUGCGCCACGGACGAAAUGCGAAACGAAACCUGUCGUUCUGAGCUUGAGAAAAAAGAAGACCAAAGUCACAACAAUCUUAAGUAACAAAAUCAAGAGCCAUCUCGCGAAAGGAUUAGAGCGUGUGCGUAUAAAAAACAAUGUAAUUAUUUCCGUGUAAGUAGUACCACGUUAAUGUCGUCCCCUCUAUCCCACACUCCCCUGCUAAUGAGCCUCGUCUGGCUGUGCAAUGAAUAAUUGUUGUGAGACACGGUGUAUCGGCAGCGAUCACCGAUCGUGACCGAUACAGAUAGAGAGCGAACGCUUCAUGGGGAAAGGUAUUUUGAAAAUUAAUGAUAUUUUUUCAUCCUUCAACGCCAACCCGACGACUAUGUGAGAGGACAAUAAUUAGCUAAUGAAUAUAAUACACAAAUGAGACGAGGAACAACAACACAAUUAUGAUGCAUUCAACAUCGACUAUAAGUACGGUAGGAAAUGAGGGAUCGUAAGGCGGAACAAGCGGUCGAGAUAGUUUUUGUGUCUGGAAAUACGUACUAACCUCAGCUUUUUUACAGCUUUCAAUCAAUCGAACAGCAGGCACCACCAAGCAGGUGGAACAUGAAGUAGACGGACGAUAGUUAUGCUCGUUAAAGAAUGCGGCCGCUUAGCUUCGGCGAUUCGGAAUGAAAUUAGGUAGCGCAGCUGAUCAUAGGCAAACUGGUGAUGUUGUUCUACUACUUCGUAGCACAACGGCAAGAAUCAUUUCGAGCCUUUGACUCAACAAAACGGGCGAUUUAUUCAGCGCAGCAGCAGCCGCGAGGAUCUGAGUCCCUUAAGAAGAGUAGUGCCAUUUUUAUGGCAUUGUGACAGAGAACGUGAAGUAUAUUGGUAAUUUAUUUAUUCCUGGAAGGAAGGAAUGAACUGUUCGCUGGCUGGUAUGAGUCGCUCGUUUUGCCUGCGUUUGACCUGAAAUGAUUCACGGAGGCUCUGAAACAGUUGCAAUUUAGUGUCCGUUGGGUUUUUUUCUCGUUGUAAGCGUGAGAUGAAGAGAGGAUAUCUGUAAACUGCCUCACACCAUGAGCGAUAGCACGUAUCGUAAAUUAAUUUUAUAAGAAAUUGCGGCAUUUUGCUUAUCGUUGAUCGUUUCUUCGUUCGCUAGUGCCACAAGGAAGGCGCUUUCGCAAGCGCUCCGAUUGGCGUACUGCUGACUUAACUUAGUAUAAAGCUAUGUUUCAGGUUCUGGCUAGAGAUGGUCGAGAUUGAGACGAAUAUAGAUCCGAAUACAGUUACAAUAUUCGCAUAUCGUCCCUCCCAGGUUCUUACACGCCAACAGCGGCGGCCGUUCCCCAAGCCAGUAGUUAGUAGAAGAAAAGAAUGUAUGUGUUAACGCGUACGAAAAAUGCGCAUUAUCCAAGCGUGAAGGAGUCUUCCAUGCGUACUGUUUUCGGCCUGUUGUUGGUGGCUCAGGCCAGCACACCUUGUGGACCGAGCGGAUUUGAAUGCUAGAAUUUGUGUAGGCGGUUUUGUGUAGGCAACUCUAUUUAUUAUUUGAACCCGGGCCUUGGUUGCGCACCACUCGGUAGGAAUUUGUAUUCAGAAGAAAACCAUGGCGAAAACACUGUUAGUAAGAAGAAAUAAAUCAUUAGCUGCAGUAAAACCCAA